CUUCAAUCUCACUAAUCUCCUUUUUCAACAUUCAACUCCAAUAUCCCUCGCCGGGAAACCAAAAAAAUCUAGGGUUUGUUGUUCACCGGACUAACGCCGACCAUGGCUAUGCACGCUGGAGUAGGCUUAACAAAGAUCGUGUUCAUCGUCGGAGCAGGGUAUACUGGUACUUUGUUGUUUAAAAACGGAAAAUUAUCGGAUGUGAUAGGCGAGCUUCAGAAUUUGGUCAAAAGUUAUGAAAAGACGGGGGAAUCAGAUGGUGGAGACUCGGAUGUCAUUGCUGCACAGGUUCGUAGAUUGGCAAUGGAGGUUCGGCAAUUGGCUUCGGCACGAUCAAUUACUGUUCUUAAUGGAAGUUCUAGUGGUAACUGGACAUCUCUGGUAAUGCCAGCCGCUGCAGCAGGUGCCUUGGGUUAUGGAUACAUGUGGUGGAAGGGUUUGUCAUUCUCUGACCUUAUGUAUGUAACAAAAAAGAAUAUGGCAACUGCUGUCUCAAAUCUGACAAAACAUCUUGAUAAUGUCUCAGAGGCCCUUGCUGCUACAAAGAGGCACUUAACGCAGCGAAUUGAGAAUGUGGAUGGAAAAUUGGAUGAGCAAAUGGAGAUGUCAAAACUGAUUAGGAGUGAGGUUAAUGAUGUGCAUGGCGAUCUGUCCCAGAUUGGUUUUGAUCUGGAUCAACUAAACAGGAUGGUUUCUGGUCUGGAUGGCAAGUUACUUUCUUUGGAAGGCAAGCAGGACCUUGCAAAUGCUGGUGUUAUGUACCUGUGUAAUUUUAUCAAUGGAAAAACGGUGAAGAUGCCUGAGACACUGCAGGAACAACUUAAAAUUGUGGGCAACUCUACACCUACUCUGAUGGGCCUUAAAGAACUUGUGGAUGCCUUACCAGAAGUAAACAGCAAGAGACUUAUUACAGAUGGCACUACUCAAGAUGGUAUUGAUAAAUUGAAAGAGCCACCUAGACCCCUGUUGAGGACUGCCUCUACCAAGUGCUGAUUAAGGGAAAUAUGUGAAUUUCUCGUUUUGUUAUUUCUUUUUACCUUUUGAUGUGAUAUAUGAAGGCACAACAUAUGAAACAAGGGCGGGUGAUGAUUUUUUUUUGUAAUGAAUAGCAAUCUAUCAGAUUGCUUUUCUGGGUUUGUUAUGAUAUGAACUUGUCCUAUGCUAUUUUUUCACCCAUGUUAGUAAUUAUACUCGCAGAAAUUUGUACAUGCUAAAAUAAGUACACGCCAGUGAAUGGAAGAAUACUGCAAUGCUAUGUUCUUUUUACCGUUU